AUGGACGACCUUCUUUCUUACGACGCGAUUCUUUUCCCUGCGGACGGACGACCGCCUCAGGUUGUCGAACUUCCCACUAGCCCAUUAACGCGCACGAACCCACAAACCGGCCAACUCAUCCUGGUCUCCGUGAUGCCGCAUCCGGAAGUACAUAUGGAUACUAUUACUGACACGCCUAAUCAGCGAGCGUGGAGAGUGCAGGUAGUUGAGUCACUUGACGGCAUGACCAUGAACUUCGCCAAUCCGUACAUCAUAUUUUACCCUACCAUGUCACGGACGGGAGCACCUUUUCCCGUCAACAGGGCAAUUCGCGAAAUUCAAGGUUCAUUCUUUAAUGAGAGCACCGCAUGGAGAGGUAAUAUCAUAGUUGCGAAAUACCGCGGAGGUGGAAACGACCCUUUCAUGUCGCUCAUCGACAUCAGCAUGGCCGAUUUCCCAAUCUUGAAGAAUUACUUCUUGAAUCGGGGUCCAUCCGGACAGGUGGGCUCUGGUCCAGUGAUUCGAGUUGAGUUCCCUGACAUCUUUCUCUGA